AUGGUUUCCAAAAUGCUAACAACAAUAAGUACUGAAGAGGAAUUUGCAUAUUUCUUCACGAGCAGAGGACGAAAACAUCCAAACGGAUCAAGGACUAAUCGGAAUACAAGAGAUGGAAAAGGAUAUUGGAAAAUGACGAGCAAAAUCACAAAUGAAUAUGCUGAUAAAAAUGCUAUUAGUUCGUACUUGACUAGCUGGAUAAUGCACGAAUUUGAACUUGCUCACAAGAAGGUCGACUCUUCCUCAACUUCGUCUUGUCAAUCUCAUCAAGAAAAACCAAUACGUAUGGUUUUAAAUGAGGCGUUUCAAGUCGCGGCAAUAAUAGAGAAGUUACCACCUACGUGGAAGUACUUUAAGAACUACUUGAAACAUAAGCGAAAUGAGAUGACAGUCAAAGAUCUUAUAGGACAUAAAAUAGAGAGUAUCGUAAAGCAGACAUUUGAGGAGGCUCGCGAUGCCAUACCGCCAGAUGGGCCAUUUUGUGAUGCAGAAUUAUUUUAUUAUAAUGUAAAUGCUCAGGGACAUAGUGAAGGCCGAGGUAGAGGUCGAGGACGUGGUCAUCCAAUGGGACGACCCCGCAAUGUAAUUGUACAUGAAUUAUUUAAUGAGCCAUCACUGUAUACUCCUAUCAUUCCAUCUGAGGCCAUUCCAGACAUGGCCAGACUCUACAGCAUUAGGCCAAUGAAACUACCAUCUUAA